AUGUUGAGGUUUCGGCCUAAGUUAGGCAGUGAUCGCAACAGCGAAUGGCGCUGUUGCUUCUGUCUACAUGUACGCACUGGUACCAUUCUCCUUGGCACAUGGCAUCUGAUGCUGCACCUCAUUGCUUUGGGAUUCUUAGCGGCAAUUGUACGCGAUCCUCGCCUUCUUGAUGACCUCGAGCGUGAUUCCGCUCCUGUGGCCGAUUGGGGCGACUUAGGUGCUGCUAUGCCGACUCCGCUUUCUAACUUUGAGCCCCCGCCGAGCCCUUACCCGCAGCAUGCUAACCAGCCACGCGAUUACAGUCUGAUAUACCAUGAUGUGGAUGUCGGUGCACUGGUUACAGUGUGUACACUAGGCAUCACACUCAUGCUGAUAUACGGCGCUUCAAGGGGCAAGCCAGCUCAUCUGCUUCCAUUCUUCUGCCUCCAGAUAUUUGACUUCGCUAUUACUGUUAUGACAGCGACUGGGUACCUAUGCCACCUGCGUUCUAUUCACCGGCUGGUCGCUGAAACGAAACGCGUUCCGUGGCGAGCGCAGUUGCUGCAGCUGCCUACACCCACACUCACUCUCAUCGUCCUUGCCACCAUCUGCGUCGCCGUGUUAAUUAAGCUGUACUGCCUGCGAGUUGUCUGGCGAUGCUACAAGUACCUCACGAUGCUGUCCAUCCCGACGCUCACUCCGUUCGUAAUCUCUAGUGAGGGAAUUCCUACUCCUGGGCCUGUAUCCUAUGCUUCUCCCAUGCCGGCACCGGACUAUUCCAGCCUGUUGCCGGAUUACGAAGAGGCCGUCAAACAAACUCCACCGCCCUCGUACCGCGCUGCUACACUCAUGGCCGCUACUGAACCUACUACGGUCACGGUCGAGGCUCCACCAACUGACCAAGCACCCACGCAGCCUCAUUCAGCACCACAGUCAACAGAUACUGUAGUAAUGUUGCCUCAGCAAGGCAAUCAGGCGCGCGUCUGA